AUGUGGGUGCUCUGGACGUUACGUGGGGAAACGCUAAAAAAAAACCUUCGGAUGGAUGCACGUGUCAACAAAUUAAGAUGUUGUCCACAAUCAUUCUUUAAUAAUAUUAUUCAUAAUGAAACUUUAAUGAAAUCACAUUUCAUAAGGCAGUUGGUUUUAAUUUUUGACCUCAGUAAGUUAUUUGGCAGUAAGGGCCGAGAUUUCCAGUAUCAGUUAACAGUGACAGCUCGUUCAGAAGAAGGUAAAACUCGACAGUCAGCAGUGACUAUCGACAAUUCACUCAUCAUCACCAACAUUGACCGAUGUUCUUCAAAAUCAAUUUCAAGUGUCGAUUUUUCACUGAUAUCAGUAUCGUUGAAGAAAUAA